AUGAGCUUGUACGAGGUCAGCGGUGAGCCGGCCGAGGGCUCGCUGCUCGCCUUUCACAAGACCGAGACCAAGAUCACCAGACCAGAAUGGGCAAAAUUGGGUUGCGUCGACGCAGCGGCACAAAUCAGCGUUGGCGUCAAGGAUAUCUUGGCUGUCGUCUACGACAGCGAUGAAACAGCAUUGUUGCUCUAUGCGGAUGCUGCUCGUGCUGCCAUCGAUACGAGCAAGCCAUCCGGCAGCACGCUACGAGCCCUUGUUCUUGCUCAAUCCAGCUGGGCGUCCCUGAAGCAGCACGUCCCCUCGGAGCUCAUUCACGAGCUGAGCAGCUCCACUGCACCCGUCCACCUCGUCGUCAACCCAUCUGCUUCUCAGGGCCGAGCGCGAGUGAUUGCCGAACGAAUUGUUGUGUCUCUCCUGCGAGCGCUCGGUCGACAGAGCCAAGUGCAUAUCACCCAGUCUGCUGCUCAGAUCAAGGACGAGCUAGCCCCGGCUCUUCUGAGAUUGGGCGAGCAUACCCAGAUACUCGUUUGUGGCGGCGAUGGUACCAUGUCAGAGCUUCUCAACGGCCUUGCCGCUCAGCCGAUCAGAAACGUCUCGCUCGAGCUGGCCACACUGCCCGUGGGCACGGCAAACGCAUUUGACGCUUGGCUUCACCCGCCAGAGCAGCUGCAGAAGUAUCAUCCGAGGCUAUUCGCUGGUCUGCUUGAUCUGGUGACUUUGCGCCACAAGCCGGUCGCUCUGACAAUGGCCAAAUCUGUCAUUUCCCCUUCUGGCUCGACACAAUACGCGCAUGUCGUCGUCUCUUUCGCGCUGCAUGCAUCUAUCCUACACGAUGCCGAAAAGAUGCGUCAACAGCAUCCUGGGAUAGACCGCUUCAAGCUGGCUGCCAUGCAAAACGUCACAGAGUGGCACGCAGGCACGCUUGAGAUCAAAGGCCAAGAUAUACAGUUGUACAGUCCAGCUUCAAAGUCCUUCACGUCAUGCGAUGGACCCGUCACGCUCGACGGACCAUUCUUGUACCUCGCCUCGAGCCUCAUCGAUCGAUUCGAGCCGACCUUUAUCGUCGACCCUCUGCGACGGGAUGCUCCGGCAGGUACCAUCGAUCUGGUCCUCAUGCGACCUAGCCAAUCAGGUCACGACAUAAGCAACGCUAGCAAAACGACGCGCGAGAUGGUCGCAGGGACGAUGGGCAAAGUAUUCGAAGCAAUGUAUAACGGCGGCAAGCACAUUGAUUCGCCUCAUGUUGAGAUCUACCGCUGCACCACUUUCACAUUCACGCCUCGAGAUCAGACCAGCGAGAAGCACGGACUGGUCUGCAACGACGGUACGCUAGAGAAGAUUCCUGCAGGCGGCUCAGUCACCGUCACAACGCACGCCUUUCCCUCGAUCGAAAUCUAUUGA